GUUAUGGGACAGUUGGUGCGGGGUGUGUUUUCAGAAGCUUGCUAAUAUAGAUUUGCAGCACACGAUCUGUACGUUUUUAUUGUAUAUAUAUAUAUUUUAUAUAACAAUCAUGACAUCUACCAUUGAUGAUAGUGACAAAGAAAAGGCCCUCUCUGUGUCUGUGGACCUAAACAACGACACCUCUCUACUCAUCGACAUUCCUGAUGCACUCUGCGAACGAGACAAAGUCAAGUUCACUGUCCACACCAAGACCACCCUGAGCUCCUUUCAGAAGCCAGACUUCUCUGUUCCUAGGCAACAUGAGGACUUUAUCUGGCUCCAUGACGCUCUGGUUGAAACUGAAGACUACGCUGGGCUCAUCAUCCCUCCAGCCCCCCCGAAGCCAGACUUUGAGAGCCCCAGGGAGAAGAUGCAUAAACUGGGCGAGGGAGAAGCCACCAUGACCAAGGAGGAAUACACCAAGAUGAAGCAGGAGUUAGAGGCUGAGUACCUGGCUGUUUUCAAGAAGACUGUUCAAGUCCACGAAGUAUUUCUGCAGCGUCUAUCUUCUCACCCCGUCCUGAGCAAGGACAGAAACUUCCAGAUAUUCCUGGAGUAUGACCAGGAUCUGAGCGUACGGAGGAAAAAUGCCAAGGAGACGUUUGGGAGUUUCUUUAAGAACAUGGUGAAGAGUGCUGAUGAGGUCAUCAUCUCAGGGAUAAAGGAAGUAGAUGAUUUCUUUGAGCAGGAGAAGACCUUCCUGCUUGAUUAUUCGUCCAAGAUCAAAGACUCCACUGCCAGGGCAGAGAAGAUGACCCGCUCCCACAAAAAUAUUGCUGAUGAUUACAUCCACAUCUCUUCUACUUUGAGCAGUGUCUCUGUCGAUGAUAACACAGCACUUAAAAAGCACUUUGAGAAGCUAUCUGACCUGUUUGAGAAGCUCCGGAAAGUGGAGGGUAGAGUGGCGUCGGACCAGGAGCUGAAGCUCACCGAGCUGCUACGCUACUACAUGAGGGACAUCCAGGCAGCCAAGGACCUGUUGUACAGACGGGCCAGGACCCUGGCAGACUAUGAGAACAGUAACAAGGCUCUGGGUAAGGCCCGGCUGAAGAGUAAAGAUGUUGCUGCGGCGGAGGAGCAACAACAACAGUGUCUGCAGAGGUUUAACAAGCUUUCUGAGUCGGGAAAAAGAGAGCUGACCAGUUUUAAGGGCAGGAGAGUGGUGGCUUUCCGGAAGAAUCUAAUAGAGAUGGCUGAGCUGGAGAUUAAGCAUGCUAAGAACAACAUGUCCCUGCUGCAGGACUGCAUUGAGCUUUUCAAGAGCAGCUGAGCCACUGGUCUCUUACCAACCCUCCCAGACCACUGACCAGCUGGGCUUGGCGCCAGUCGGUUUCUGCUCUCUUGCCGACUCCUUAUGGAAUCGUCGUGCAAAACCGUGACUGGAGUAGGAAAAAUCACAAACUGGAUCUGGGACCAGGAUACUGACCAGCAGGCUUUGAGAAGGGAACCUGGAUACCCCUUCUCUCCACCCCACAUGUGUCACACUCAUUCCACAAUGGAUUUUCGCUCCACCCUUGUACUUGAUUGAUGAAUUAAGGUCACUAAUUAGUAAAGAACUCCCCUCACCUGGAUGUCUAGGUCUUAACUGAAAUGAAAAAACAAAAACCCGCAGACACUGGGCCCUCGGUGGAAUGAGUUUGACACCCCUCUACUCCUGGGGGAACCUGGAUGCCCUCUGCCCUCUUCCUCCAGGGGAACUUGAGUCGUGUUCAUUAGGUCACACAUUUGACAAACUUCCCUUUGCAACGGGAAAACAAAAAUAAGCAUUUCUUAUUGGACAAGAGAGUUCCUCCCCAUUUCACUCAUUUGCGGGGAGUUUCGUGCCUUGAACCCGAUCCUGGAUACUCCCUUCCUCCAUCCCAAAAAUGCCACUUCAGAAACCUGCAUGUGUCUGUUUGACUGUUUUCUGCCUGGAUGUUUAGUCUCUGUCCACCUGCCCCUCCGCGUCUCCUUCUACCCCCUCCGCGUCUCCUUCUAUCCCCUCCGCGUCUCCUUCUACCCCCUCCGCGUCUCCUUCUACCCCCUCCGCGUCUCCUUCUACCCCCUCCGCGUCUCCUUCUACCCCCUCCGUGUCCCAUGGAACACUCCCCUUUAGUGAUCACAGCAUUCCAGAACAGGGAGAAUCCAGCAUCCUGCACCAUCUUCUGACCUUUCUCCUCCCAUCUGUUUUUCAAUCGUGGGUUAUCUGAAUUAUUUGUAUUGUGGAUGGAUUAUGCUUGUUCUUGUGUUGGAUUCUCUAUUUUGUAACAAUGAUGGACUUUUUUUCCGGAUUAUGAUCGUGUUUAUAAUUGUUUUGGUUGCUUUUCAAGGCACGUGCCUACUAACCCCGUUACGCCCCUCACUUGUACAGAAAGACAGAAUGGAGGUUGAAUUUGGUCCUAGCAUAACAGUGAAACUAUGGCAGAGUGGAGUCACAGUAAUCUGGUGUUUUUUUUAAUGGUGCGUGCAUUUGCUAGCUAUAAUGGAAUAGUUAGGUUUUCUCAUUGCAACGCCACUUUAAACCAUUCUCUAAUACCAGUCGGAAGAGUGACUGCUGAGCUCAGCUGCUGCCUCUCUGGUUUGUAAUGGAACAGUUUACAGGAUCCUUUUAGGCCACGCUGUAGCAAAAAAAUGUUUUACAAUGGGAAAACUUAAACAAUCGUUUCUUAUUGGACACGUUCAGAUGGUCCCUCCUUGAUUUUCUUCCCUUUUGGUACCUUAGUGAAUAGGACCCAGAUUGGAGCAACUGUUUAGAAAGAGUAUAUGAAGAGGAUAUAAAGUAGAUGGAAAGGGGGAGGGGAAAAUGACUGAUUUAGUGCCUAAAUAAAGGUUAUUGUGACUGCGUCCCGAUUGUCCACCCUUCUGCCAAAGUCUGCAUUUGCACAUUCCCGUCAUGGAUUUAAAAGCAUUAGGUUGAUGUAAGCAUUGGCUGAAGGGAGUUUCCACCAUUUGUUAAAUGGUUUGACGGUGGAGUCUGGAAAUGCUCACUUUGGGAGAAGGGUGGAGAAUUGGGACUUGGCCUAAUACUCUCUUUUUCCAUUACCAUACUUUGAGAUCAGGCUGGGUUGAACUCGCUCAAAACUGCCAAGUGAAGAGACAUGCUUCUUUUUCAUGAUUAAGACGUGUGUGUGUGUGUGGUAGUUUGUCCAACAGUGGUGGUACCACACAGAAAUGCUUUGGCUGUACCUCAGGAAUGGCAACAGGGCUCUUUCCGCGUAUUCGUCUACAUUACUGCCGGUAAUAACUGGAGCCAAGUAAAUUGUUUUUUUGUUUUGAGACUUACAUAUAUUUUUGACAAGUUUACUUCCACAUAAUAUGGACCAGUAGAUUUUUUUUAUUUUUUACUACAGACCUUGUCAGUGUCGGCACUGGUAGUUGUCAACGUUUACUGCCAUGAUGCCAGUGCUGCGUGAUCCUGAAGUGAUCCAUCGGCCCGGUCUAGACUAAAGAGCGACUAGUGAGUGCCGGGCAGCUAUGGUUUCUGUGCUAAGUGACUCAAUAUUCAGUGGACUAGGCUGAGACCUGUGACACUGUUAGUGAAGUCCACCUGUAGUAGAGGACUGUAUGCAGUUGGUUCUAGUUAACAUUUGAAGCAAUAGACUUACAUGGCCAUAUUGGCUAUUGGAGAGUAACUCUGGUCCCAGCACUUAUUCGGAGGUGUGUGUGUGUGUACUUCAGCGUCAGCUUGUAGCUGUUGUCUAUGUCCCAAUUAUUUCGCAUGCUUCCCUAAGUGUGCACUUGUACACUUCCCUUCAUGGAUUUUUAAAGGGACUGACUAGUGUAAGAAAAAUGGGGGAUACUCCCAUGCUUACACCAAUGAUCCAAUGCUUUUAAUUGUGUGGAGAGGAUGAAUGUGCACUACCUAGAUAAGUAGAAUGUUCCUGAUAUCCUGCUGUGUUUACCAGUGUGGCUUCCUGUGCACUUCAUUGAUAUCCUGCUGUGUUUACCAGUGUGGCUUCCUGUGCACUUCAUAGAUAUCCUGCUGUGUUUACUAGUGUGGCUUCCUGUGCACUUCAUUGAUAUCCUGCUGUGUUUACUAGUGUGGCUUCCUGUGCACUUGCUCUUAGGAAGAUGUACUGAGCAACACUAACCUAUCCUCCCAUCCAAUCAUCUUGCUUAGUACUGCUAGUGCAGGAUUGGUUUGAAGAAUUGCGUUUUAGGGUUCUUAUUUCUCCUAUUGCUUUGUUACUGACGGAACCUUUUUUUAUAUUGUUAAACUAGCCUGCGGUGCCGGGCCUGUAAGCCUGCGGUGCCGGGCCUGUAAGCCUGCGGUGCCGGGCCUGUAAGCCUGCGGUGCCGGGCCUGUAAGCCUGAGGUCUUGCCUACUCCUUAUGGAUUUGUCAUGCCAUCUUCGACUUGGCAAUGGAGUUGGUAAACAAAUCUGGGACCAGGCUGUGGGAGACCGCAGAUCUGGGACCAGGCUGUGGGGAGACCGCAGAUCUGGGACCGGGCUGUGGGGAGACCGCAGAUCUGGGACCGGGCUGUGGGGAGACCGCAGAUCUGGGACCGGGCUGUGGGGAGACCGCAGAUCUGGGACCGGGCUGUGGGGAGACCGCAGAUCUGGGACCGGGCUGUGGGGAGACCGCAGAUCUGGGACCGGGCUGUGGGGAGACCGCAGAUCUGGGACCGGGCUGUGGGGAGACCGCAGAUCUGGGACCGGGCUGUGGGGAGACCGCAGAUCUGGGACCGGGCUGUGGGGAGACCGCAGAUCUGGGACCGGGCUGUGGGGAGACCGCAGAUCUGGGACCGGGCUGUGGGGAGACCGCAGAUCUGGGACCGGGCUGUGGGGAGACCGCAGAUCUGGGACCGGGCUGUGGGGAGACCGCAGAUCUGGGACCGGGCUGUGGGGAGACUGCAGAUCUGGGACCGGGCUGUGGGGAGACUGCAGAUCUGGGACCAGGCUGUGGGGAGACUGCAGAUCUGGGACCGGGCUGUGGGGAGACCGCAGAUCUGGGACCGGGCCUAAACAUAUUAACCUGUAAAAGAAAAGGGUUCAUAUUGAAACAAAAAGGUUUGAAUUCUUUGAAUUGUUUUGGAAAUGAAGUGAUUUUAUUUAGUACAUUCUAUCUAUGGUGGUAAAUACAAUCAUUUCCAUCCCCAGAGAGGGCUGUCUCUUAUAAAGUGUUUUUGAUAAUUGAAUGGAUUUCUAAAUCAUUCCAACUGUGUGAAUGACUUAGUUUUUUUUCUCACCGAGCAUCACUUUUAAAAAAAAUGUUUUUUUAAAACCUUUGCAAAAAUUACAUUAAAUAAGUCCUACUUUCCAAAAUC